GUCGUUUCUUGGCUCUCACUCCGUUGAGGCAGAGAUUCAAUUAUUAAUAUUAUAAAAUAUAAAAUUUUCUCACAAAGAUCAUCAAAAUUCUAAAUAAAAAAAAAAAAAGAAACAAAUUUUAGUGUUUCUGAUAGUCAUCAAUUUUUUUUUUUAAAUAAUUUCGCAAAAGUUACUUGGAUAAAUAGUGUUAUGUGCAAGCUUAGUAUUUUUUUUGUAAAUGGAGAAAAAAAAAUGUUGACGACAUCCGAGACAUGAUCAUUAUGUACUGGGUUCUGAAACUUGCUUCUGAUAUCAAGGGAGAUCAAAGAAAUUUGACACUGACAUCUAAUAACUUGGAUGAUUAACCUAAAACCCUUUGGGUAGAGUAUCAGCUGACGAUACACCUCAUUUAUUAUUAUAUCUCAAAGCGAAGGGCAUUAGAGAUUAAGGGCUAAUUAAAUAUUGGUAGAGGCAAAAGCUUUUUUUUUCUCAAAAAUAAGGAAAAAAAAAAUUGCACUUGAAAACAAAAAAGAUUCCGAAGGGGUAAAAAAAAAAGAAGAAGAUGGCGCCAAAGUAAAAGCAUUUCAAGAAUUUUUUCGGUUCUAUUCAGUUUUUUUUUUUUUAAUUCCAUUAUUUGAAACCAAUUUUUCGAUUUUUUGAAAUUAAUGUCUAUUGGUUGGGAAAAAUUGAUCAAACAAAAUUUAUUGCAACGAUUUUUGCAAAUAAUUCGAAAAUCAUGCUUUGCGGAACGUUCAAUAAGAAUAAAAGGAGACACGUGCUGGAUGAAUAUAAACUGAUCAGAUCCAAUGUUAAACCAAGAAUGGUUUCUGGCAAGGAUAAUAAUAGUUCAAGAAAGCUAAUGAGAAAUAAACUACACAAAUCUAAUAGUCAGCUCUUUCUCAAGGAUCUUCUUCAAACGGGUCUUGACAAUGUCAGUUCGGCAACGCUCAGGCCUUUCAAUUCGGACAUCAAUACACCACGUAUAGAUAGUUAUCGAUUUUCUAUGGCAAAUCUAGAAGAUUCGCAAGAUGUUGAUCUCGACGCAAUUCUUGGAGAACUUUGUGCAUUGGAGAGACGAUGCGAUGGGGAUAUUGCUGCAACGCCCGUGUCUGACUCUCAGAGACAAGGACGCCCGGGUAGUACGAGGAUCAAUUCCGGGGAAAAUACGGAGAUUGGAAAAAAUGAAGGCGGGAUGCGAACCGAUAGUCCUGACAAUGAUAGCGCCUUUUCGGAUACCGUGUCAAUGUUAUCAAGCGAAAGUUCAGCGAGUAGUAGUGGCUCAGGACAUAAGCCACCUCAGACCGCCAUGCACACAGCCCCACAACAACAAUUACAUCAACAUGUUGAUGCCGCGGGUCGAGCAAAGGCAGAGAAAAUUCGUCUUGCAUUGGAAAAGAUGCGAGAAGCAAGUGUACAGAAGCUUUUCAUUAAGGCGUUUACCCUAGAUGGAAGUGGAAAAAGUUUACUCGUUGACGAAGGAAUGAGCGUCGCACAUGUUUGCAGACUGCUUGCUGACAAGAAUCACGUUCCAAUGGAUCCAAAGUGGGCUGUAGUUGAACAUUUGCCAGAUCUCUUUAUGGAGAGGAUCUAUGAGGAUCACGAAUUGUUGGUGGAAAAUCUGCUACUUUGGACUAGAGACUCAAAAAAUAAAUUACUAUUUGUCGAAAGACCGGACAAGACACAACUUUUUCUCACGCCAGAAAGAUUUCUUCUUGGACCAUCGGAUAGAAAUGGCGGUGAAUACGAUGAUCAUUCGAGGAAUAUUCUUCUGGAGGAAUUUUUCUCCAGUAACAAUGUGGGUGUUCCAGAGGUAGAGGGACCGCUUUACCUAAAGUCAGAUAGUAAAAAAGGAUGGAAGCGAUAUCACUUCAUUUUACGAGCAUCUGGUCUUUAUUAUUGGCCAAAGGAAAAGGCAAGAACAGCCAGGGAUUUAGUUUGUCUCGCGACAUUCGACGUGAAUCAAGUUUACUACGGUGUGGGUUGGAGAAAGAAAUAUAAAGCUCCUACAGAUUUUUGUUUUGCCGUUAAACAUCCAAGACUACAGCAGGCAAAAUCAACCAAGUAUAUAAAGUUCCUUUGCGCUGAGGACAAUGCCUCUUUGGAGAGAUGGAUGGUUGGUAUUAGAUUGGCUAAAUAUGGAAGACAAUUAAUGGAAAAUUAUAGAACCCUUGUUGAUGAGCUUGCACAAGAAGAUUUGGACCUUUUGGCUCACGCAAGAUCAUGCUCAGUUAGUUCUAUUGCAAUUCCUCCCACUCAAACACAAUACAAUACAACAAAUGACAAUGCUAGACAGUUUACGGAGACUGUACGACAUAAUGGUGAAACAAAUAGAUCUUACGAAAAUCAGAGACAAAGUUACACGAGCGAUGGAAGACUGAGUAGGGCCAGCAGUUCCAGUUCAAGUGGGUGCUUAUCAGAUGGUGCUCCAAGCAGUUGUGAAGUCGCCUUUGAGUGCGGUGAAUUUCCAACGGGAACGAUUAAACGAAAACCGUCAAUGAAUCCAAAACUUCCUCUCACAUCAAUUACGCGACAAUUGAAAGAAGUUGGAGAAACAGUCAGAGAUGAGCCGGAUUCAUGUCCAAGUCCAACGAGUUCAGGAUCUGGUACUCUCACCAGGAGACACAGUCGAAGAAGAAGUGGAACCGAUUCCGAUGGUUCUGGCACUCUAAAGAGGCAUCAUCGUUCUGGGAACGUUACUCCAGUCAGUCCCGUUCCACCAGGAACACCUGUCAGGGAAAGAUCAAGCCCCCUUAUUUAUAGCAGAAGCGAAAGCCAGGAAUUGAAAACUCCAACUAGUCCAAUUCAACCCUGUAUGAUGGACUCAAUUACAUCUCUACCGCCACCGCCUCCAUCACCAUCGAGAGUCUUGGAGGAAGUUGAAUCAGACAGUGAACCUCUACCUCCUCCACCUCCGGAGAUGUUCCGUUCAAAUCUGUCUCUAGAUUCCCUUCCUCCACCACCAGCACCUGGAGAACUACCAUCCUGCAAUUCUCCCGAUCUAAGUGGUUCGUCCCUGAGUCUCGCCUCACUGCCACCUCCGCCAAGUCCCCUUGUCGGUGAAACAGGAACAAUUCGUCGUGCCAAACCCAAACAAUCCACCCCCACAAAUUCCCUCUCUCCAAAUAGUACACCAACUCACGUGCCCUCAAGGCCUGUAAAUCAAAUUUACCUGAGUACAAACAUGAUGAAUCAAAACUGUGUCUCACCCACGCAGAACAAUCAAAUUUAUAAUCCAGGUCACACCAACAGUAUAGGUAACUCCUCUCCUCAUAAUUCGUUCUCGGACUCUAACUGCAGUACACCAACCUACACCCCAAGUUCCCCAAGUUUUGGAUCUCCACCACCAUUUAUACCACCGCCAGCCUAUGGUAUUGCAAAUCAUAUCAACCAACAAUUAUCAAGACAAAAUUCCAAGACUGAAUUGAUCUACGCCAGUCAUCAAAAUUCAAUAAGGCCAAAUCCAAAUAUGGACACAGUGAGACGAAGUGCUCUCAAACAAACAACAAGUCACUAUGCAACACCACCUUAUUUGGCCGAAUUAAAAGCCUCCUCAAGUCCACAAUCCCAACGAAGGGUCACUAUUCAAGAACCACCAAUUUCUCCAAAGUCGAAAACAGGAUCAGUAAAGAAAAUCACUUUCAAUUUACCACCACAACAAGAACCUGGUAGUCCAGCAUUACCACAAAGAAAACCCAUGCCACCAAUAAGAUCCGACAGUACAAGGCUUACAUCACCAAAAAAAUUAGCCGCCUCCGAUCAAGCACCACCAGGUGAUUUUCUAAAAGAUCUUCAAAGAGUAAUGCGAAAAAAAUGGCAAGUGGCACAAAAAUGUAAAUUAGAUUCAACAACAACGCCACAUGAAGUUCUUGGUUUUAGAGAUCCUCCACCGGCUGUUGCCGAUUAUAGAGAGACAAACGUUUCCAAUUGGGUUCAAGAACAUUAUGGUGUUGACAAUCUUUAUGAAAAUGUCUACAAUACAGAUCCAAAUGCUCCAGUUGAGUACGCCUCAAGUCCUGCUCGUCAGCCAACAAUAAGAUUUGCCGACGAGAACAAAAGUAUUAACAUAGUUAACGCAAUUGCGGCUAAACGAAGACCACCACCGCCACCUCCAAAAAGAGCCGAAACCACACAAUUAACGACAAGAGCGAUGCACUGACAAUAGCAGAUAACACAGCCCCAUCCCAAUAGGCGAUGGUAUUGCUGCAUUUGUAGCUGGUGGAAGCACUAAAGUGUGAGAUACAAAAAAAUAAAAUUUAUUAUAGCUUAAACUUUAGUCAAAAAAAAAAGCGAAUGAAUGAAAGUACGAUUUUUAUGUGAAUUUUCCCAAAGGGUUAAAUAGUUGAUCGAACUUUUUAGGCAGAUAAUUUUGCUUCAUCUUGAAAGGAUCAAGAUUUCAGAUACAGGGAAAUUGAAGGAUAUAUAUAUAUAUAUAUAUAUAUAUAUAAUAUAGAUAAAUUUUAGGCAAUAGGUACGAUAAAAAAUGUCGCGUGCAAACGACUUUAAAAAUGUAUAUGAGACACUGCCGUUCGAGAUAUACUGAGGAUGUGAUAUAUAAUCUUUAAGCCAGCUUUUUGACUCUCCAUUGUCGAAUCCUUCUGACCCCCCAAAAAAAAGAACUAUGCACUCUGCCUCUAAAAAAAAAAAACAGCACAAAAAAAGACGCACAUUUGUAAUCGAUUUAUAAUUAUAUAUAUAUAUGACUGGUGCAUCUUUUUUUAUACAAAAAAAUUUAUAUCGAAUCUUUAUACAUAAAAAAAAUCUUUAUAUAUAAAUAUACCAAUCGCAUCGAAUCAUUUUGACGAAAAAUUUUUAUGACCAAUUUUCAAAUUUCGAGAAUUUUUCAAUAUAAAGGAAGGUGACAAGUUUUUUAUAAAGGUGCUUUAAUAAGAGUCGAUGAUGUCAUUUUCAAGUGAUCGCAAGUGUUUUUUUUUUUUUUUUUUUAUACAAUCGGUGAAAAAAUUUUUACAACAAAAUUCGAAUAGAAAAUGCUCAAUUUAAAUCGAGUUUCUUGCUUUUGAUAAUAGAAAUGCAGUGAAUAAAAAAUGUAUUUGAUUCAAACGUUAUCAAAUAUUUACUUGAGCCAAAUAAUUGAAUUAAAUGAUAUUUGAACCAAUAAUUUCUUUAUUAGAAACAAAUCCCAUUUAAUUGCAUCAAUAAUUAUUUGAUACAAAUAUAAAUAUUUUGAUAAUAGUAAAAUUAGAAUCAAAUAAAUUUUUUUUCAUUGUGGAUUUUUUUUUUCUGAUCAGGAUAAAUGACUUUCAAUCAAAUAUAAUAUAAGUGUAUAAGUAUAUAAAGAAAUCUUUUUGAAAACUUGUACAAAAAAAAAAAAAAACAAUUGACGCCAAUUGUAGAAAAUAAUAUUUUUGAUCACAGGUCAAUUGUGUCUGACAAUUUUUUUUUACACAAUUGACUUGCAAUGAGAAAAUGUUUGCAUAUAUGUAUAUAUAUAUACGCAAGGCGCACAUUCUGUAUCACGCACUUUUUUUUUUUAAAUAUCUCCUAUGCGCGAUAUUGAUGCAGAGCAUAGGUUUUGAAUGUAUAACUGAGAUCUCGUUUAUGCCAUUACUUUUUAGAAAUAUACAAAAUAUUAUAAUUCGAAUGUAUAAUCAAGUAAAGUGUUCGCGCAAUAAAUGAAAAAAAGAAUAUAUUGCUUGAGUACCUAUGUUACAUAAACAAACAUAUAUAUAUAUAUACAUACACGAUAUAAGAAUAUUUGUUGAAGCUUAUUGUUCGGAAGAUGUUCACCGGUCAGUUGGAAAUAUUAUAUAACGCACAUCAAAAGAGUUUUUUCGGGGAACGAAUUCUUUGAAUCAAUAAGGUUUAUUUAUUGUGGAAAAUGUAAAAAAAAUUGAAAUUGUCAACGAAAAUGAAUGUAUAUUUUCUAUGGUGAAAAAAAAAUGAAAGGCGAAACUAUUUUUGAUGUGCCAUAAAAAAAUGUCAAAAUUCAGAAGCGAUGAGUAUUUUUUCGAUAUACGAUGUGGAACAUCGACAAAAUUGCUUUGUUUUUUUGUUUUUUUUUUUUUUUUUUUCUAAGUGAAACUUAUUUACAUGUACGAGAAUAUAAGGAGAAAGAAAUAUUUGGAGACUGCCGCUUUUUAUUUGUAGAUUUUUAAUUUAAUGAUGACAGUUAAAAACUGUUAUCCUAUAUUAUAACGAGUCGAUUCAUCAAAAAAAAAAAAAAAAAAAAUUUUUUAAUGAAGAUUAUCAAAGAAAAAUUGUCUUCGUCAAAUAUAUAAUAUAAAUUUUUUUAUAAGAACGAUUUUAAGUGUCGAAAUAUUUAUAUCCUAAAAAAAUGUGUCAGCAUGUGUUGACGAAAAAAAAAAAAAAAUUUAUACUUGUAUACGUUAGAAAACCUUAUAAUGUUAUACAUACAUUUUGGAUGUUUUAGGCAGUUAUAAAAUAAACAUAGGUACGAAAAUAUCGCUGCCAUUUUUUUUUUAAAUAACAUUAACAGAAAUUGGCGACACGAUUGUUUGGCUGCGAUUGAAUGCUCCUUUGUUCGCUUUUAUAAUAUAGAUUUUUAAUAUGAGAUGUGAGCAAAAAAAAAAAAAAAAAAUAUAAAAGAUUGACAAAAGUAGGCCUCUUUAAAAUAUAAAUUGAGCCUCAGUGCAAUUGGCAAAUAGUAGAGAAUUAAUUAAUGCUCGAAAUACGCAUGUAAAAUGUUUAAUACUUUUUAUUGUUAUUAAUUAUUAUUACGAUCUUAACUUGAAAUGUUUAUUUUUUAGUUUAUUUUAUUUUUUUGAAUGUAUGAUUUUUGUAAAUAUUGUAACGAAUGAUUUUAUGCAAAUAUAAUUAUUAAUUGCGAUUUUAUUAAUAUAAUAAACGUACUAUUUAUGAAGAUUAAAUUUAUUCGAUGAAAAAAAUAAAAAUUAUUACUCGUCACACACUUUAUAUAUAUUUAUAUAUAAGUUUGGUACGUCCAUUCUCAUUAUUGUCGCAAUUUCUGUGCGUGAUAAUAUAUUGAUAAUAAUAAUAAAAAAAAAAAAUAAACCGAUCUCGUGGGAGUUAAUUUUCAAUUUUGUUGUAACGAUAUAAAAAAAAUAUAUAUAUAUAAAUAUUA